AUGAAUGACUUUCCUAACCGCGAUCUGGUCCGUGGCCACUGUCGCAGAAAUCUUGAACGGACACGCUCGCCGACUGGCGUUGAUAGUCGAGCUCAGGGCUCUGCAUCCAGUAGUAGGAGCCUUCAUGCACACCCAAGCUACGUCGAUACUGGAGUCGUCGAGCAUAGUGCGACUUUCCCCAAUGACAUGCAGCACCCGGCGCAGACAACUGUCACUCUAGGCAACGCACCGCAAAACCACAUCGUAAGCGGACGAUCAUCUGCCUUCGCGAGUUGUAUUACGCAUCAACCAUCGAGAGCACAGGAAGAAUUUGGCUCGCUUCAGUCCACCUCUUACUCCACGAUGCCGGAUCCACGUAUCCGGCCUUCUGUUUUCCAAACCUAUCAGCAGGAGGGAUGGUGGCGGGCACCCGAUGGUCAAUGGGAAUUUCAGGACUCGAUCAUGAAUGAGACAAAUUAUGAGAUGGUGCCGAACAGUUUCGCAGCUCCUACAAAUGAAGAGCCAGGCGUUACCGAUCUGUACUUCUACCCUGGAAAUGAUAACAUGCCUGACCAGAAUAUGGACGCUCACCCUGGAGUGCCCCAUGUUGCAGGACAGUAUGCACCUUUCGAUCAGUCGGUAUCCGAGCCAAGCGUGAAUCAGAUGGGAGACUCGCAACCGCACAUCUCGGACACUGCCUCAGGCUCCUCGAUAUCUUUGCAGCCAGGCGAUCUUAUGGACCUCUCUCACAAUCAGUAUAGUUAUGAUGAGAACCAAAGUUUUUUCGCGAACCAACUCGAGGCGCCAUGGUCGAGCACCAACACGCGGUCGGACGGACAUGAUUACUAUUCAUUUGUGAGCCCCAGAAUCCACGAACCGAUCGAGUCAUGCACAACGUCCACAUCGCGAGAUAGUGAUGGAGAUGGAAGCUCAGUGCCGAUAUACAACCAGGCUACAUCUCGAGCAACGUUCGAUUCGGAAGUUGACGACAUUUUGGGUGAAAGCUCGGCCACCAUCCGAGACGAUCCGUACUUUGUAGGUUCCACAUCGACAAACAAUUAUUUGACUCCAUAUGUACGGCCGAGCACGUUCAGUACGUUGCCUGACACACUGAUGGAAGUUGGAUCGCGAUUGCGGACAAGGGAGGACACACCAUCGCAGACGACAGGUGUCGAGGGUGAAGACCAUGAAGCGGUCCAGGACAGGGACAGAAUGGUGUACCUGUACGGAUCCUCGAAGUUCUCUUUUGAUCCCUUUGCCAGGAUCACCUUACUCUAA